UUAAGCACUCCGAGUCCGCCGGUUUGCACAUGGCUUAUAAGUGGCAUGACAAAGGCAAAGGAAGUAAGGGGGCAUAAUGAAUGAAUAGAUAACACCACCAUCGUACGUUAAUUAUCUUUGAAUUUGAACAUUCAUUAUUGGAAAGACGAGGAAGACACACACAAUUUCAGGUUCAUCACAACUGGCCAUCAUGGGGGACGUUAACAGCCUUGCCGACGAUGCAAAGUCGUUGAUUCGAACGGCCUUAGAGAACUAUACUGAAAAGUAUGGUUUAGGGGCGAUGAGUGUUGCUGCCUAUGAUACGGCCUGGGUUGCGAUGGUAACCAAAGUCGUAGAUGGACAGAAACAGUGGCUCUUCCCUGAGUGCUUCGAGUAUAUCCUAUCAACGCAGUCAGAGGAGGGUGGUUGGACGAUCGGCUAUGGUGCUCAAAUCGAUGGCAUCUUGAACACAGCCGGCCCUCUGUUGGCUCUUAAGCGUCAUCAUGCCGAGCCUCUUCAGCUUAAGCACGAUCCUCAGGAUCUUGCCAACCGUAUCGACAAAGCCAUAACAUCCCUGAGAUCGCAGCUGGCUGCUUGGGAUGUAUCGACCACAGAGCACGUUGGUUUCGAAAUCAUCGUCCCAGCCAUGCUCCAACAGCUAGAGAAGGAAGACCCGUCAUUAGUCUUCGAGUUUGAAUCUAAGAAACUUUUGAUGAAGAUCAACAAUGCCAAAAUGUCGCGUUUCCGGCCAGAGUUCCUUUACGGCCCUCGGAGGUUUACGGCCCUCCACUCAUUAGAGUCUUUCAUUGGCAUGCUAGACUUUGACAAGGUGAAGCACCACAGAGUGCAUGGCUCCAUGUUGGGCUCACCUUCUUCAACAGCGGCAUACAUGAUGCACGCUUCGGAGUGGGACGAUGAGUCUGAGGAAUUCAUUCGACACGUGAUCAAGUACGCUGCUGGUCGCGGCAACGGAGCUGUUCCCAGUGCUUUCCCCUCGACACAUUUCGAAAUUACCUGGAUAUUAUCAACUCUACUUAGAGCUGGCUACACCAAGGCUGAUUUGGAAGGCCCUGAGCUGACUAAGAUGUUGGAUAUCAUGAGCCACUCUUUCAAGGUUGAAAAGGGUGUGCUUGGGUUUGCUCCUUUCUUUGAGGCAGAUGUCGAUGACACCGCUAAGACCAUUUCUUCCUUGAACAUGCUUGGGCGACCUGUUAGCCCGGACAGCUUGAUCGAAGUAUUUGAAGCAGACACUCACUUCCGUACUUAUGCCGGAGAGCGGGAUCCCAGCCCCACUGCUAACUGUAAUGCGCUUUUGGCUCUUCUACAUCAGCCGGACGUGUCUAAAUUCUCUACCCAAAUCCACAAAGUUGCCAAGUUCCUCGUCGACUUCUGGUGGAAAGCUGACGGCAAGAUCGUCGACAAAUGGAACACCUGUUAUCUCUAUCCCUCUGUGCUCAUAGUCGAGGCUUUUGUGGAUAUCCUGAACUUAAUAGAGCAAGACAAACUGCCCGGUGUAUUUGAGGAGGACCUACAGUCCAGGCUUGCUGUCGCUCUAUUCCAGGCUUGUUUCAGACCCCUGCUCGACCAAAAGGCGAAUGGUUCGUGGAACGAGUCCAUUGAAGAAACCGCAUAUGCUGUUCUGAUUCUGAGCGAGGCUCGACGCGUCUGUUUCUUCAACGAUCUUCGUGAACCUCUGGAUGAAGCCAUCAACCGCGGUGUUGCCUUCAUUAACUCCAUCGAGGAGCGGCCUCUACACUAUAUUUGGAUUGAGAAGGUCAGCUACGCUUCUCGUCUCUUGACCGACGCAUACGUGCUAGGAGCCCUUAAGGCCGCCAGCUCGGUACCUACAGGUGAUGCCACGAUUGGCGCCAGUCUUUGGAAGGAUACAUCUUCUUCGAGCUUAGAUAAGCACGUGAAGUUGUUCGCAAAAGCUGAGCUGUUUAGCGCACACCCUGAAUGGGAACUCAAAGGGUCGAUGAUCGAGGCCGUUCUUUUGAAGCCACUAUUACUCAAGCGCAGGUUGGAAGUGUUUCAGCGCCAAGGAAUGCAAGAGGACAAGUACUUCGACCUUAUCCCACUCUUCUGGACGAGCCCCAAUAACCGCGCUCGAACCUUCGCGUCUGCCACUUUCCUAUACGAGGUGUCACUUCUCUCCAUGCUGACUUACCAGGUUGACGAAUUCAUGGAGGCGUCUGCAGCACCCGCCUUCAAGGGCCGCAUGUCUGAACUUCGUGAUCUGAUCUAUUCAGUGCUUCCUGAAGAGGAAACGGCCGUGACCAAGGAACAGAACGGCCACGCCAAUGGUAACGGCACUGUUUCUGCCCAAGAGGAAGUCCUUGCCACCCUGAAGGGAUUUAAGAAGUACUGCUUUGAGAACCCCUUGGUCAAAACAGCUAGUGCCGCGGACCAGAAGACUCUCGAGCGUGAGCUCCGAACUUACCUCCUGGCCCAAGUUCAACAAGAAGAAGAUAGCGCGAAGUUCCGAGAGCUGCGCGAGAGUGGAAAACCCGGCGCCGGAUCUACCAGCACCUUCUACAGCUGGGCCCGCAGCACAGGCGCAGACAACGUAUCUGGUCCAUUCGCCUGGGCCUUUAUCGGAUGCCUUCUCAGCUCCACCCUUACUACCGGUGGCGGUGGCAAGGAAGUAUUCCCUACCGCCGGCGAAAAGUACGUAGCUGCUGAUGUAUACCGACACCUCGCCACUAUGGCUCGCAUCUACAACGAUCUCGGGUCAAUAAGGCGAGACCAAGAGGAGGGUGCCCUCAACUCAGUCAAUUUCCCCGAGUUCGAGUCCCACGAGAGCGUCGAGAGUAAGAAGAAGGUAUUGCACACUCUUGGCGAGUACGAGUUGAGCUGCUUGAUGCUGGCCUUCAAGCAGCUCGAGGACCUCAGAACCCAAGGUGCGGAGGCUACAAAGGAUCUCGCUGGUGCAAGGUUGAGCAAGCGGCGGAUGAAUAUCUGGUCGAUGUUCCUCGACCAAGUUGUCCUAUUUGAUCAGAUUUAUGUCAUCAAAGAUCUCUCAAGUCAUCACAUUGUUCAGGAAAAGGCGUAAGACAGCAUAUAAACCUAGACUAGAUUAGGCAUUGUUAGAAUAGACAAUUUGUCUUUUAUAAAAUAUAUUUUUCUGAGUUUCCCACUUUA